GGAGAUUCGAAGUAACAACACGCGUUCUGAUUGGCUCUCCAGACUCCCACGAGGGGUCUCAUGCAAAAGAUUUCCGAAAGGGUUUAUUGUUUCUUUGCUUUCGGGAGCCGAAAUUGUUUGCUAUCUACCCAGUUCUACAAUCAAAUAACGAGACGUAAAAAUGGCUGGUGGCAAAGCAGGAAAAGACAGUGGCAAAGCCAAGGCAAAAGCAGUGUCGCGCUCCCAGAGGGCUGGGCUGCAGUUCCCAGUGGGUCGUAUCCACAGGCACUUGAAGACUCGCACAACCAGCCACGGUCGUGUAGGAGCCACAGCAGCUGUGUACAGUGCUGCUAUCCUUGAGUACCUCACUGCUGAAGUACUAGAGUUGGCGGGCAACGCCUCCAAAGACUUGAAGGUGAAGCGUAUCACCCCCCGUCACUUGCAGCUUGCCAUCCGUGGUGACGAGGAGUUGGACUCCCUCAUCAAGGCAACAAUUGCUGGAGGAGGUGUAAUUCCCCACAUCCACAAAUCCCUCAUUGGCAAGAAGGGCCAGCAGAAGACUGCAUAGAUGCCACGUUGACCAGAAAUUUCGGGGCUUGGGCUUUGAUCGGACCAGGAGUUCACAUUUGUUCUUUUUUAUUAUUAAUAUUAUAGCAAACGAAGGGUGAUUGUUAGGCUUUGUGUUGUAAUAUUUUCCCAUAACUAGAAGAAAAGUUCAGAAAACCCCUUAACGACAAAAAAACCCCCUUUGUAUGUUAUUGUAGAACGUUUGACUGGGGAGUUCAUGAUUAUUUCAGAUUGUGACAGUGAAUUUGUUUGAUUGGCCUGGAACUCUGUAAUGUUUUAUACUGAAAAAAGAAAUUGUUAAAACCAUUUUUUAUAUAAAAAAAAAAAAACUUGUUUCGUGGUUAUUUUCUUGAAGUUACAAUAUUUUACUAUAAUACAAGUUUUUAAGGAAAUGUUUUUUUUGACAGCCAAAUGGGUAACAACAGCUAAAUGUGAGAUGGUGCUUUUUUUCCUUUAUACUUGCUGUAAUAUUUUGAACUGCACAAGGAUAGUGAUGUAUUAAAAGUUGAAUUUUUUACAUCAGAAUGAACAAA